AUGAGAGGAGGCUCCCAGAGAGGCAGCAGGUCAGAUAUGAGGCACAGGAAUGAUGAAAAUUCAGUGAGAGUUGACUGCCUCUUAGAGGACACUCGAGAAAGUGAUUUGAAUGAUCUCUUCCGCCCAUUUGGACAAAUAACUCCAGUGUGUGUUGCCACUGACUGCAACACUGGUUUGAGUAGAGAAAAGAAAGACUGCAAGUGUGCAACACGUGAUAUGUAUACUGGUAGAGUCUCGAGUCAUACACGAGUUGCCAAAUUUGGAGAACUUUUGAAUUGCCUCCUCUGGAAAGGUUGA